AUGAAGUCAAUGGAUUCCCACGCUGACCAGAUUGCUCUGCGUCCGAAAGAAUUCUUCCGCACAAACGACAUUGAGGUCCUGACUGAAAUGCAGGUGGCAGCAGUGGAUGUCAAGAACAAGACGGCUAUUUUCAAGGAUGGGUUUAAGAUGGAGUACAAUAAGUUGCUGCUGGCAACAGGAAACACACCCAAAACACUCAGCUGCAAAGGCAAGGAAGUGGAGAACGUCUUCACCAUCCGUGCUGUGGAAGAUGCCAACAGGGUGGUCAAAGUGGCCACUGGCAAAAAUGCCGUGGUGGUGGGAGCCUCUUUCCUUGGGAUGGAGGUGGCUGCCUACCUUUCGGAGAAGGCUCACUCGGUCUCGGUGGUGGAGCUGGAAGAAGUGCCCUUCAGGAAAUCUUUUGGAGAGAAGGUUGGGCGAGCCAUCAUGAAGAUGUUUGAAAACAACCGAGUGAAGUUCUACAUGCAGACCGAAGUGUCGGAACUGCGGGAACAGGAGGGCAAGCUGAAGGAGGUCGUGCUGAAGAGCGGCAAGGUUCUCCGGGCAGACGUCUGCGUGAUCGGCAUAGGGGCCACUCCAGCUACCGGGUUUUUGAAGCAGAGCGGGGUCCAUGUGGACUCCAAAGGUUACAUCGUGGUGAACAAGGUACUGUAG